UAGAAAUCUACUGUUUCAAGCGAAAGAGCUCUGAAAUUGCUUCCUUGAAUUUAAAACGCAAUUAAUCAUGCAACUUAACUUUCACAGUAGAACCAAAAAGUGAAAUUAAAGGUGUUUUCUUCAUAAAAAUGUUAAGUUGAUUCAAUUUUAAAUAAUUUCGGAACUCUUUUACUUGAAAUUUGUUUGAGUGUAAUUUUUAAAAAAAAAUUUAUAUUCCUUAUCAAACCAGAAAACUCUUUAUAAGUUUUCUUAAAGAAUGCCUUCAAAAAAGUCCGAGAAAAAUGGAGAUGCCCAAUAUUUGAUUGAAGAUAAUAAGGAUGGAGUCGGUUACCAAAAUUAUUCGUCCAUCAAUAGGGGCAAUGACUACAUCUUGCAGCGCUCGCCAUCCUUUGAUCCAUCACAACGAAUCACACUCUCAUGGCACAACAUCAAUGUCACCGUCAAACCGAAAAAGAAGACACUGUUAAGCUACUUCAAGAGAGGAAAUGAUGUCCCAGAAACGAAGCAGCUCUUGUACAACGUGAGUGGCGAGGUGAGGCCUGGGCAGCUGCUGGCUAUUAUGGGGGCCAGUGGUGCUGGGAAGACCACCUUGCUCAAUGUUCUCACCGGUCGAAAUCUCCGAUUGCUGAAUGUUGAUGGUGAGGUCCUUGUUAAUGGAGAGAACGUUGGUCAAGGCAUCACUAGACUAUCAGCUUAUGUCCAGCAGGAUGAUCUGUUCAUUGGGACGCUUACAGUUAGAGAACACCUAGUCUUUCAAGCUUUGCUGAGGAUGGACAGGAAUUUGACAUACCAAGAAAAAAUGGAGCGGGUGGCUGAAGUGAUCUUAGAAUUAGGUCUUACAAAAUGUGCUGAUACCGUGAUUGGAAUUGUUGGCAAAAUAAAAGGAAUUUCCGGUGGAGAAUCGAAAAGAUUGGCAUUUGCAUCAGAGAUAUUGACAAAGCCUGGUUUAAUGUUUUGCGACGAGCCAACAUCAGGUUUAGAUUCCUUUAUGUCCCAAAGUAUUAUCUCCGUGCUGCGGGAGGUGGCAGAAGGCGGUAGAACAAUCAUAUGCACCAUUCACCAACCUUCCUCAGAAGUCUUUGAACUCUUUGACCAUCUGUUGCUCAUGGCGGAAGGUCGUGUGGCAUUUAGAGGAAGGUCAACAAAGGCCCUGGAUUUUUUCAAAAGGGCUGGACUGCAAUGUCCCAUUAAUUAUAAUCCAGCUGAUUUUUAUGUUCAUAAUCUAGCUAUUGUACCUGGUAAAGAAAACGAAUCUAGAGAGAAAGUCAUGGCUAUAGUCGAACAAUUUUCUAGAGAAGCUACAACUAUUGAGUGUACAAUAUCUACUGGAUAUUCUAACAUACCACCUCAAGUUAAAGCGACAGCCAAAUACAAGGCUUCCUGGUGUACUCAAUUCAGAACCGUCUUUUGGAGAUCUUGGAUAAGUUUAAUGAGAGAUCCUAUGGUUUUCAAAGUGCGACUUGCACAAAGCAUAGUCAUCGCUUUAUUACUCGGUCUAGUCUUUUUUAACCAGAAACUGACUGAUAAAGGCAUCAUGAACAUCAAUGGUGCUAUCUUCUUGGUGCUUAUGAAUAUAAGCUUUUCAAAUAUGUUCUCAGUCGUCAAUGCUUUUACUCUAGAACAACCGAUCUAUUUAAGAGAACACUGGAAUGGCUUAUAUAGAUGUGAUAUUUACUUUUUAUGUAAAACUCUUGCUGAGGCCCCAGUAUUGGUAUUCAUGACAACAUUACUUGUAUGCAUUGUUUACUGGCUGAUAGGCUUAAAUCAUGAUGUUGGAGCUUUCUUCAUUUUUCUAGCGAUAAUGGUUCUUGUAGCAAACACAGCGGCUUCGUUCGGUUACAUGGUAUCUUGCAUGAGCAGCAACUUGAAUGUAGCUCUCAGCCUUGCAACACCCCUGAUCAUGCCACUGGUGCUCUUCGGAGGAUUUUACUUAAACUCUGCUUCUGUUCCAGUAUAUUUUAUUUGGUUGAAAUAUAUAUCCAUGUUCUUCUACGCAAACGAAGCUCUCUUAAUUAAUCAGUGGAAAGAUGUCACCAAUAUCACAUGUACUACUCCCAUCUGUGCACACACUGGAAAACAAGUUUUAUCUACAUUGGAUUUCGAUGAGAAUCAUUUUCUGAGGGACAUUCUGUUAAUAAUAGCUUUGCUAUUAUUCUUCCGGAUCUUAGCCUUUAUAGCUUUGUUAAUAAAGUCAUCCAGGAAGACAUAAGAAGAAUAGGAAGAAAUAACAGACGGAAAAAAAAAAUCUUCAAUCUAAAAAAGUCAUUUAUGAAAGCUGAUUUCAUUUAAAAUAAUCGAAAUCAAUUGUUGCAUGCUUGCAUUAUUUAACAAGAAUAAUUUACUUUCAUUGAAAUGUUUUAGAAUGGAGUCUGUAUUUUUAGUUGCUUCAACUGAGAAAGCUCUGGUUUCUACUAAUUUUUUUAAAAACUUCAAGAUUUUUUUUUUUUAUCGUUUGCGGUUUUUAUUUUUUUUUAUUUGCUAUUGUGUUUAAAUAUUAUGCUUUUGGUGAUAUAAAAAUACGUCAGAAGCUCGAAAUAUAUUUUAAUAAUGGUGUUUAUUUAUUAAUACAAUAGAAUUAUCAGGUUCAAGUUAUUAGUUCAAGCUGACAACUUUUGUUAAAAAAAAAGUCUGUUAUUAUAACAGACGAUAUGAAUUCUAAAAUUUAUUUGGUCAACAAGAUUCAGAAUUAUGUUAAAUCUAGUCGUAUGUGCUAUUAUUAUCUUUCAGAAAUAAAAGAAAUCUAGUCCAAGAUAUUAAUGAGAACAUUUUAUUAAAAUAGUUUUAUUUAUAUUUUAAUUUAAAAAAUAUAUUCCAUCAAGUGCCAAAAAAAUUGCAAUCCACCUCAAAGUGUCUUUAUGAGCUGAAAUAAUUUUGCAAAUGCUCUUUUACUAAAUAUUCACUUUUUGAUGUUUUGUAUAUAAAAAAUAAUUUAUUAAUUUUUGUCUAACUGCCAAACUUUAUAUUAAAUAUAAUAAAAUGUUUUUCCCAUUGUAGAAAAAAUGUAUGUGUUUAUUUUUUUAAAUAAAGUCAAAAACUUACUCAUG